AAAUUACAGGAAGUCAGUACAUACUUGAAUUAUUAUUUUAAUUAUUAUUAUCAUUUUAUCAUUACCCCACGUAACGUAAAAAAAUUGUUUCAGAUUACUCCAAAUCCCAUCUGAUUAUUCACCGUCAAUAUCAAUGGAGUCGGAUAGUCUACAAGGUCUAACAAACUGUUCUAACUCACCUGUCCAUUGUACAACCCCCUCAAUAAAUUUUCACAUUCAACACCUAUUGAAUUCAAAUGAUGAUGCUGUCAGUCAAAAUAGCCUUAAAAUUAAGAGAGGUCCAGCACAAAAACCAAUAACAGACGACUGCAAUUAUCCUCCAGGUCCAGGGAAUAAACCUCAAACUCAUCCAAUCAAUUUAAUCAGUGAUUACGACUUGUAUUAUGCUAUGAAUCAUGUUAAAAAAACAAUUACCACCAGUUACAACGAGACUACUCCUCAUAUUACAAAUCCUACCAAUGAUCAUAAUAGUAACAAUAAUAAUAAUAAUCACUUAAUGGGAACUAUUAGUCAAUUAUUGCACAAUUACACUCCAGAGAAAAUAUCUCUGUUUCUAAAAUUUAUGCAAAACUUUUAUUCCGAAGUAUCCGAUGGCGGAUCGCCAUCGGAACAACAACUACAAUGUCUGUUGAAAACAAAAAUGAUGACAGUGACCACACCAACAUCACCAACAAUAAAAUGCUUAGAUCUCCGACAAGAUCAACACGAGAAAGAGGGGAUUACCACGUCAAAAAGGACGACCACUACUAUGAAUAGUAAUGAACUGCCCAAUACUUAUGUAGUAGAUGAUGAUACGAUUAGAGAUCAAAAUCGUGCAGAUUUACCGCCACAGAUGAAAACAAGUGAACAACAGUUGCAAAAUAUGAAAAUAUUAAAACAUUUAAUGAAAGAUUAUGUACAGAUGAAGGAUAGUGUGCUGAAGAAUCAACAACAAAAUGAAGUCAAUUGUAGCGGCUUUUUUCCAAGUACUCAUAAUAAUGAUGAUGUGAAAUAUGCACAAAAAGCUUUUGAAUUAUUGACUAGUGAAUGUGGAACAAAUAAUCUGCUACCAUUUAUGUUACAUAAUCCAGCCUCUGGUUAUUCUUCAAUACCAAUUUACAACCGUAACACCUAUCCGUCAAAACAAUGUCGACGUCGUAAAGCAAGAACUGUAUUCAGCGAUCAUCAGUUAACUGGUUUAGAGCAUCGUUUUGAAACACAACACUAUCUGUCUACACCAGAACGUAUUGAAUUGGCAAAUCGGUUGAAUUUAUCAGAAACACAAGUCAAGACAUGGUUUCAAAAUCGUCGUAUGAAACAUAAAAAACUGAAACGCUGUAUUCCUGAUACACAAUUAUUUACACAGAAUAAUUCUUCAUCGAAAUGUCCAAGUUCAACUGGCGGUGAGGAUGAUGACGAAGAAGGUGAUGAUGAUGGUGAUGGCGGUGAUGGUGUUGAACAGGAUGAAGAUGACAGAUGUUCAAGUGUUGGUGAAAAUCCUAAUGUGACAACAGUAGCCGUAACAAGAACAACGGCAACUGCUCCCCUUUCUUCUCCUACUGCAAAUGAUAACAAUGACACUGGCCCAAAUCACAAAAAUCAAGAGAACAUCGACAAUAAUGAUGAUAAUAAUAAUAAUCAUAAUAAUAUUGAUGCUGAAGUGGUGCAAUACCCUCAGACGAAAACUGUCAACACAGCCGCCGCCGCCACCAAUACACAUUCAACUGGAUCUACAAAGCUAGAUGACUAUUCCAAAAAUUAUCAUUCAGCAUUUUUGUCUACCGUUUCGUUGAUAUCUUCACCGCCUCUAACAACCAUCACCUCCUUACCCUUUUCAUCAUCCUUUCCGUGCAACUGUUAUACAUCAACGGCAUCAUCAAAUAACACUGAUCCUAAAGGCUGGACAAAUUUUUCAUCACAACUUAAAAUGAAUGAUUUGAUCAAAAACUUUUUAACUUAUGAUAUGAUCGAUAAGGGUUAUUUAAGAUCCACCUUGGACUAUAUUAACAACAAUAAUAAUAAAAUUUGUGAUGUUAAUAAUAUUAUUCCCCUUCAAAAUGAUACGCAUUACACAGCAGAUAAUCUCAGUAUUAACAAUAAUACACUGUUAAAUGAUGAGUACUCAUUGAAAAAGUAG